AUGGUGGAAAUGAACGAUACAAGUGUUCCCUCAGAGACUUUAUGUCUUCAUCGACACGUCUAUAUGGAUGAACCAGAGCUUCUCAAACGUCUUUUGCAGACAAUGCGUUUCGGAACGUGUAACACCCAAGAUACUUAUGACUGUAUCGAUCACCUUCUGGCCAAUGGUGCACGUGUAGACAUACGGAACGGGUGGGGCUGGACCCCAAUUGAUGAGGCAAUUUGUCGGAAAAACUCUCCUGUUGCCUUCAAAUUGUGGCAUCUUAUGCGAACUGCAGAUCAGGAGAGGGCCGAGCGUCUCUUCUUUGAGGACUUCCUCACGAAGGUGCCUGACGCUGAUAUUGAUUUGGAGUGGGAGUUACACAGUUGGGGUACGUGCACCUUCACUGAACUUGCGUACUCGACAUUAUUACGGAUACCGAGUAUUCCAUUACCUGUGGUUCAUGCACUGGUUCGAAAUAAUACUGCUCUGAAGUCGUUCUUUCAACAACAGUACCGUCUUCAUGCCCUCCACGGUUUUAUUCUUUUUCACUCGAUCUCCUACUACUGUUAUAGGGUGGACAUGUCUUUGAAGGGCUUCCAGGAUUUUAGCUGGCUUCGAGGGGAUAUUAGCUUCCUCUUGGACGGUAGCCGCCUCUUUGACGAAAAAGUGGUUAUGCUCGAUCAUGACCAAAAGCUUUACGAGUGCGUUACAAGCCAGCUAUCGGAAGUAGAUUCAACUCAGUUUGAUCUGGAAUGGAGUCUGAUCGCAAACUCGCCAGUGGUCGCUCUUCGUUUUCUGCACGAUAAUCUCUCCUGUGUUCCCAACUACAGUGGUUGGUUUAAUUCGGAGCAACAGAAAGUUGACCAAGUAAGCCUGCCGAGUCUGUCUUGCUGUUUAUUCCUUUUGACUAACAAUUCUACCCGAUUUUUAAUGUAA